AUGAAGUCCGUCCUUCUUGGCAAGGCUUCCGCUGCUCAGAGCUUGCGCUCUGCUGGCCGGACGUCCCAACGCAUGAGCAUGGGCACUCUUGCCACCUUCAAAACACCCAAGGUGGCCAACGAACCCAACCAUCACUACGCCAAGGGCAGUGCUCAGCGCAAGGACCUGACCGCUGCCGUCGCAAACUACAGGAAAAAGGUGCCCAUCGAGGUCCCCGUUGUUGUCGGCGGCAAAGAGAUCAAAACCUCUGCAGUCUCUCACCAGCUCAACCCGUCGGACCACUCCAGCAGAGUCGCCAACUACCACACCGCCACUCCCGCCGACGUCAGCAAGGCCAUCGAUGCCGCUCUGGCCGCCAAGCCCGCGUGGGAGGCUCUUCCCUUCUCCGACCGCGCCGCCGUCUUCCUCAAAGCCGCCGAUCUCGUGGCCAACAAGUACCGUUACGACAUCAUGGCUGCCACCGUCCUUGGCCAGGGCAAGAAUGCCUGGCAGGCCGAGAUUGACGCUGCUGCCGAGCUGGCCGACUUCUUCCGUUUCAACGUACACUACGCUCAGGAGCUCCUCUCCCAGCAACCCGAGCACAACUCUCCAGGCUCGUGGAACCGCCUCGAGUACCGCCCUCUGGAGGGUUUCGUGUACGCCGUGAGUCCCUUCAACUUUACGGCCAUUGCCGGCAACCUGCCCGGCGCCCCGGCCCUCAUGGGCAACGUUGUCGUCUGGAAGCCAAGCGACUUCGCCAUUGCCUCCAACUGGCUCGUCUAUCAGAUCCUGCUUGAAGCCGGUCUGCCCAAGAAUGUCAUUCAGUUUGUCCCGGGCAACCCCGAAGAGGUCACCAAGACCGUUCUCGCCCACAAGGAGUUUGCCGCUCUCCACUACACGGGCAGCACCGCCAUUUUCCGCAAGCUGUACGGUGCCAUUGGCGAGGGUGUUGUCGAGGGCCGCUACCGAUCCUAUCCCCGAAUUGUCGGCGAGACUGGCGGCAAGAACUUCCACCUGAUUCACCCUUCGGCCGAUCUUGACAAUGCCGUCGCGCACACCGUUCGCGGGGCUUUUGAGUUCCAGGGCCAGAAGUGCAGCGCCACUUCCCGCCUCUACGUUGCAAAAUCUGUGUGGCCCGAGUUCAAGAAGAAGCUUGUUGCCGAGGUGGAGAAGCUGAGCGUCGGCGAGCCCUGGAACCACCAGAACUUUUGCGGUCCCGUCAUCCACGCGGCUUCCUUCAAGAAGCUGUCGGGAGCCAUCGACGAGGCCAGGGCGGACAAGGAGAUUGAGCUUGUUGCUGGCGGCAAGUACGACUCCUCCAAGGGCUACUACGUCCACCCGACCGUUUUCAAGACUACCAACCCGGCCCACAAGUUCUUGUCCACCGAGUUCUUCGGCCCCAUUCUGACCGCGUACGUCUACGACGAUGCCGCUCGUGAUGCCUUCAGCAGGGCUUGCGAGCUUGUCGAUUCCACCUCCGAGUACGGUUUGACCGGUGCCAUCUUUGCCAGCGACCGCGAGGCUAUCCGUCUUGCCGAGGACAAGCUGCGCAACGCUGCCGGCAACUUUUACAUCAACUGCAAGAGUACUGGGGCUGUUGUUGGUCAGCAGGCCUUUGGGGGCGCUCGUGCUUCUGGCACCGACGACAAGGCCGGUAGCUCCAACUUGCUGACUCGAUUUGUCAACAUUCGCGCUCUGAAGGAGGAGUUUAAUGCCACGAAUCAAGUCGCGUAUCCGAGUAACCAAGUAUAA